CCUCUGUCUGCUACCAAAGAAAACGGAGAAAUCGUAAGGAAACUGGAGGGCAGAAACAAGAGGCGUUCUUUCUUUGUCUACUUUGCACUAACUAGUGUCUUUUUCAGUUUGAUGCUGUAGCAGAGGAAACUCUCCCAGUGGCAUUUCUCACAAGAAAAUGGCCACUAUAGUUCCUCCUCAGCCUCCCAAUGAUCCAGACUUAGAAGUGAAGGUGAAGAAAGCUCUGGAACGUGUGAGUGAGAACAUCCAUAUAUCUGCCAACGAGCCAUCACUAGCUGUGUACCGUCUUCAGGAACAUGUCCGGCGUGCCCUUCCACCUACAGUGUCACGGAGGCAGCAUGUUACUGCCCUCCACUCACAGCUUCAGGGAGCAUGCUAUGAUGUUGAAUAUGCCCUAGGGGCUGUACGCAGCAUGAAUGACGCAAGUGAGAAAUUCUCCUCUCUGCAAGAAUUACUGAAAAGUGCCAUUUUCCAUCGUCAGCAGCUGAAAUAUGAGCAGACCCGCAGGUGUGGCUCCAAUGGCACACCCAGUAGUGCAUGUGAUUCUGUAAGUAGUGUGCCCAAUAAGCAAGAGCAUCAAGGCCUCACUAAGCAUUCAUUUUAACCUCCAGUUGGCAGC